GUGCGCACCUUUCUUUCGGUGGACUUUCAACUUGAUGUCGGGGCAAGACACAGGAGAGUGGCGUUGUCUUGCGGAUUUGUGCUGCCACCCAAGGCGGUGAUGUGGACAUAACUCAGUGGCAGAUUCGUCACGGAGAGGCCUCAGCGCAAGGCAACGGUGCGCGUGGCAGCGGCCACGUCAAUCUGCCCUUGCGCCAGCGUCUUAUUGUUUGUUGCUUUGCUUAAGAUUCUGCCAGGGUGCUGCGACGUCGCCCUCUCCUGGCCCCUUUUCCUCGACUCUGCAUAUCCGGCGUCUGCGAGGCUCAUGUCGUUACCCGUCGCUAACCGUGCCUUGUUCCGCAGGAUGUCGCUCGCUUUUACAGGCAUCUUUACUUUUCUGGUGAGUGUAACCCGCCGCCCGCAGAGCACAGACAUAACCCGCGGCUCACAGCUCAACAUCCGGUCGAUGAGCAUUGGGAGGGGACAGGCAGAAGAGGUGCUGAUACGAGCUCGUGGAUGUCUAGGUCGACGCAUAUCCACGCUACGCAGCAAGCGCUCUAGCAUCCAAUGCCCUGGUUCGGUGUUCUUUCGCAGCGAUAUUUCCGCUCUUUGGCAUCCAGAUGUACGAAGGACUCGGCUUUCAAUGGGCUACGGGCCUCGUCGCCUUUGUAACGCUCGCCUUAAUGCCGUUCCCUUACAUCUUCUUCCGCUACGGCAAGAAAAUACGAGCCAGGAGCAGAUUCGCGACCUCCACAUGAACAGCGUGGGGGCACGUCAAGCGGGGACAUGGGAAGACCCGUCUCGGACCCGGCCCGAUGACCGGGAUCGACGUGUCUAAGGCUGCAGGGAGCCAGCUGUGGUCUGCUGGGGCGACGGAUAAACACCUCGCUGGGCAGUGGGGCUGCUGGUUGAUCUCUUCGAUCAUCCAUAACGAGACAGGCCUGCCCUUUGCCAGCCUGCCGGCUCUUGACCCUCCUAUAUGGGGACGUGCCUUUUUUUUGGGUUCGGGAUGGAGGCCG